CGCCUGCUCGGCGCACGGAGGAGCCUGUCCCCGAGCCGCGCCAGCCGAGCCAGCCGGGCGCCGUGCUCGGUCCGCUCGCCGCGCCGGAGAGAGCUGCCCGAGACGAGAGCCAGCCCGCCGGCGCCGAGCUGCCGAGCGCCCGGCCCAGGAGCCCCUGAGUGCGGCGCGGCGAGCCCCCGGCGGCGGCAGAAGGACCCGAGUGCCAGGAGAGGGCGGACGGGGGGACGAGGAGGCUCCCGGCCGCGACGAGGAGAGUCUCGGAGAAGGCGGCGUGAGGGACAACCGGGGCCUCCAGCCGCCGCAGCCGAGUCGGGGCGAGCAGCCUUUUACAGGGAGCCCCGGCGGCCAGCCGCAACCCGGGGAGGGGGCGCCGGCGGCCCCCGCGCUAGAGAGCAGAGGGCGAGAGCGCGCCGCCCGCCAGGGGCCCGCCGCGGCCGCCGCGCCGCCCUCCCCCGCGCUGUCAGCCCCGCGGGGCGCAGCCGCCGCCGCCGCAGCAUCUUCUGCCCCUGCGCCCCCGCCAGCCCCAAGGAAGUCCCCGCCGACGACCGGGGCCCCCGGGAGCGCAAGAGGAAAGGCCAGAGACUCCCCUAAACCACCCAGAUGCGAAGGAUUGAAGCAGCCUAGCCAAAGCUUUCUGUGGAUUAAAAAUAUAUAUAUAGGAUUUUUUUUUUUUCUUGGCAGAAGAAAAGGAGAGGAAGACCAGCGGGGCUCUGCAAGGAAAAAAGGGGGAUGUAACUCGUGGAUACGUUUUUUUUUUUUUUUUUCCUUCCACCCCUCAAACGUCUCGUUCUACUUUGUAAACAUUUUCUUUUUUUAAACCCCAGCUCCAGCCGGACGCCCCCAGACCUCCGGGGUGCGAGGAGGUGGUGUUUCUCAUUUGGGGCUUUGCAUGUUUGGUUCUUAGAUUUUGAGAGAGCCUCCUUAUUUCGCCAGACAUCUCAUGUGGGGUGAAGUCCACUCAGCCCCCUCCCCCGAGUCUUCGUGUGCACGGAAUUCAAGGAGAUCCGGUUACUAAGGAUAUAGAAGAAAAAAAUAAAUCGCGUGCCUGCUUUUUUUUUUUUAAUUGCCUGCUUCUCCCCACCCCCGAAUUAAGUUGCUUAGCAAGGGGGAAAGAGGCUUUUUCCUCCCUCCAGCAGCCCUGCCGAACGCCUUUCGUUUUUUGCCGCCGCGGAUCUUCCAUGUAGGCAGCCGAGGCUGGCGAGCCCGACACUCGGGAGCCGCUGCGGGGGGGCCUCUUUUUGGGGAGGCGCCGACCCGGGUAGGCUUCGCCGCCCCCAGGGAAGCGGCGGCCGCGUUCCUCCGGGGUGCGCCGGGGCCCGAGAGCGGCGCACGGCGCCGGCCGCGCGGGGUGGGGCAGCCGGAGCGCAGGCCCCCGAGCCCCGGCGGGCGCCCCCGGGCCCCCGCGCGCGCUCCGGCCUCCGGGAGACUGGCGCAUGCCACGGAGCGCCCCUCGGGCCGCCGCCGCUCUUGCCAGGGCCCCUGCUGCUGCUGCUGUCGCCUGCGCCUGCUGCCCCAACUCGGCGCCCGACUUCUUCAUGGUGUGCGGAGGUCAUGUUCGCUCCUUAGCCGGCCAACGACUUUUCUCCUCGCCUCCUCGCCCCGCAUGUUCAGGACCAAACGAUCUGCGCUCGUCCGGCGUCUCUGGAGGAGCCGUGCGCCCGGCGGCGAGGACGAGGAGGAGGGCGCGGGGGGAGGCGGAGGAGGAGGCGAGCUGCGGGGAGAAGGGGCGACGGACGGCCGGGCGCAUGGGGCCGGCGGCGGCGGCGGCGCAGGCAGGGCUGUCUGCUGCCUGGGCAAGGCGGUGCGAGGUGCCAAAGGUCACCACCAUCCCCACCCCCCAGCCGCGGGCGCCGGCGCGGCCGGGGGAGGCGAGGCGGAUCUGAAAGCGCUCACGCACUCGGUGCUCAAGAAACUGAAGGAACGGCAGCUGGAGCUACUGCUCCAGGCCGUGGAGUCCCGCGGCGGUACGCGCACCGCGUGCCUCUUGUUGCCCGGCCGCCUGGACUGCAGGCUGGGCCUGGGGGCUCCCGGCGGCUCGCCGCCGGCGCAGCCGCCCUCCACCUACUCGCUCCCCCUCCUACUGUGCAAAGUGUUCAGGUGGCCGGAUCUCAGGCAUUCCUCGGAAGUCAAGAGGCUGUGUUGCUGUGAAUCUUACGGGAAGAUCAACCCCGAGCUGGUGUGCUGCAACCCCCAUCACCUUAGCCGACUCUGCGAACUAGAGUCUCCCCCUCCUCCUUACUCCAGAUACCCGAUGGAUUUUCUCAAACCAACUGACUGUCCAGAUGCUGUGCCUUCCUCCGCUGAAACAGGGGGAACGAAUUAUCUGGCCCCUGGGGGGCUUUCAGAUUCCCAACUUCUUCUGGAGCCUGGGGAUCGGUCACACUGGUGCGUGGUGGCAUACUGGGAGGAGAAGACGAGAGUGGGGAGGCUCUACUGUGUCCAGGAGCCCUCCCUGGACAUCUUCUAUGAUCUACCUCAGGGGAAUGGCUUUUGCCUCGGACAGCUCAAUUCGGACAACAAGAGUCAGCUGGUGCAGAAAGUACGGAGCAAAAUCGGCUGUGGCAUCCAGCUCACGCGGGAAGUGGACGGCGUGUGGGUGUACAACCGCAGCAGUUACCCCAUCUUCAUCAAGUCGGCCACACUGGACAAUCCGGACUCCAGGACGCUGUUGGUACACAAAGUGUUCCCCGGUUUCUCCAUCAAGGCUUUUGACUACGAGAAGGCGUACAGCCUGCAGCGGCCCAACGACCACGAGUUCAUGCAGCAGCCGUGGACUGGCUUCACCGUGCAGAUCAGCUUCGUGAAGGGCUGGGGCCAGUGCUACACUCGCCAGUUCAUUAGCAGCUGCCCGUGCUGGCUGGAGGUCAUCUUCAACAGCCGGUAGCCACGUGGGGAGAGGACAGAGCGGGAGCCGAGCGGGCCCAGUCCAAACUACUUUGCUGCUAAUAUUUCCCUCCUGAGUGCUUGCUUUUCAUGCAAACUCUUUGGUCAUUAUUUCCCACCCACCCCCCCCCCCCCCACCGCCCACCCUCCUUCUUCUCGUCGUCCUUGUUUAUGUUCUGUUUUGUUCUUUGAGAAAUAGCUUAUGAAAAGAAUUGUUGGGGUUUGGAGGUGGGGGAGAGUGGUAUGGUUGGCAGAACACUUCGAUACAAAAAAGGGGAAGCAAAAAAUCAGUACCACCGAACACCAUGUAAAUGGGGAGCAGGCCCCACCUUUGGGGUCAUCACUGCCCUUGUGUGUGUGUGUGUGUGUGUGUGUGUGUGUGUGUGUGUACGCGCACACGCGCACAUGAGUGCAUGCGUGCAUGUAGACAAGGGGAAGUGGUGUGCUGUGUUUCCCGCUGAGAGGUUUGUGUCUCUUUUGCCCUUUGGACACGCUCAGUGGGGCAGCGGGUGCCCCAGCAGAAGGCUCUGUCCCCAGAGUCUGGGGAAGCCCCCACCCCGUCUCUCCCCUUCUUGGACGUUGGCCUGUCCGCAGGCUUCUCGGUUAAGUCGCCCCGCCAGAGGCCGGACCAGAACCCGUUUCCCCAUGCUGCCCCGCUCCCCUCUGGCCACCCCACUGCCAUCUUCAUAGCUGUCUGUCUUGGCCAUUUGCUCCUGGACGUCUCUGAGAUGGGCUUCCCAAGGGCUGCCGGGGCAGCCCCCUCACAGUAUUGCUCACCCAAGCGCCCUCUCAGGCCCCUCCGCCUCUCCCCUGCCCUGGUUACAUCAGGUUUUUCCUGGACUCACAAAGCCAGCUCAGCACUUUCCUCCCCUCCGCAGCCUGUGUGUUGAGCUCUGCUGUUAGACCAGCGAGGGGAGCAGCCCCCCACCCCCCACCCCUUCCCACCAAGAAGGAUUCGGUCCAUCUUAACCCAAGGUACCAUCCUGAGCUGACACCUAACCCUUUUCAUUUCUUCUACAACUCAUACACUCGUAUGAUACGUUGACACUGCUCUUAGCUCAAUGAGCAUGUUUAGACUUUAACAUAAGCUAUUUUUCUAACUACAAAGGUUUAAAUGAACAAGAGAAGCAUUCUCAUUGGAAAUUUAGCAUUGUAGUGCUUUGAGAGAGAAAGGACUCCUGAAAAAAAACAAAACCUGAGAUUUAUUAAAGAAAAAUGUAUUUUAUGUUAUAUAUAAAUAUAUUAUUACUUGUAAAUAUAAAGACGUUUUAUAAGCAUCAUUAUUUAUGUAUUGUGCAAUGUGUAUAAACAAAAUAAAGAAAAGAUGCACUUUGCUUUAAUAUAAAUGCAAAUAACAAAUGCCAAAUUAAAAAAGAUAAACACAAGAUUGGUGUUUUUUUCUAUGGGUGUUAUCACCUGGCUGAAUGUUUUUCUAAAGGAGUUUAUGUUCCAUUAAACAAUUUUUAAAAUGUA